UGGGAUCUCUCAUUCUCUCUACUAGCAAAUCCAGCCUUUGACAAAUGACAACACCCCCACUAACUCUCCGAUUAAUUUCCCCUCUUAUUUAAAUCUCUCUUUCUCCCUUUUUUUAAACUUACUUCUAAACCUCUCCCUUUCCCUCCCCCCUUUCUCCCCUACAACCAAACAUGGCUUUCCAUUCCCCUCCAACAGACCUGGAAACCACCCAACCCCUCCUCCACACCGCCCACAACCCCACCCAAGCCCGACCCGAACCCGAACCGAACUCCUCAACCCAUCACAAACCCAUCAAAGGGGCCGUAGUAAUAAGCGUCUCAUGUAUGGUAAUACUCACCUUAAUGGGAAUCAUCUUUAACGAUGGAAAGACUAUCUCAUUGUCGACGGAAACCACCAGAGCUCCGUCGCAGGAGGCGGCGGAUAUGGCGGCGGCGGAGGUGGUGGUGGUUUCUAGAGGGAUAAAAGAAGGCGUUUCGGAGAAGGUUUUCCGAUUAGAAGGAGUUUCGUUUCCGUGGACGAAUGAAAUGCUGAGGUGGCAGCGGAGUGGGUUCCACUUUCAGCCGGAGAAGAAUUGGAUGAAUGAUCCUAAUGGUCCACUAUAUUACAAUGGAUACUACCAUCUAUUCUACCAAUACAACCCAGAUUCAGCUGUUUGGGGCAACAUAACAUGGGGCCAUGCAAUUUCAACGGACAUGAUUCAUUGGAAAUACCUCCCUCUUUCAAUGGUACCAGAUCAAUGGUACGACAUCAACGGUGUAUGGACAGGGUCAGCUACAAUCUUGCCAGAUGGCAACAUCAUGAUGGUCUACACAGGUGAUACUGAUAAAUUUGUACAAGUCCAAAAUCUAGCAUACCCUGCCAACUUAUCGGAUCCUCUCCUUUUAGAAUGGGUCAAGUACUCCGGUAACCCGGUUUUGACCCCACCAGAGGGUAUUGGGGCUAAGGAUUUCCGGGACCCAACCACGGCGUGGGUGGGACCCGAUGGGAUGUGGAGGAUCGUGAUCGGGUCGAAAAAGGGUAAAACGGGAAUUACACUUGUGUAUAAGACUAAGGAUUUUAAGUCGUAUGAGCUUGAAGGGAACUUACAUGGGGUUCCAGAUACGGGUAUGUGGGAGUGUGUGGAUUUUUACCCGGUUUCGACAACGGGUCAUAAUGGGCUUGAUACUUCGGCGUACGGGCCGGGUAUGAAGCACUUGCUAAAGGCUAGUUUGGAUGAUACUAGGGAGGAUGUUUAUGCAUUGGGGACUUAUGAUGUGGAAACUCAAACUUGGACACCCGAUAACCCGGAAAUGGAUGUGGGUAUCGGGUUGAGAUUGGAUUAUGGGAAAUUUUAUGCAUCAAAGACUUUCUUUGACCAGAAGAAACAAAGGAGGAUUUUGUGGGGUUGGGUUGGAGAGUCUGAUACUGAGGCUGAUGAUUUGUUGAAGGGUUGGUCUUCUUUGCAGUCAAUUCCAAGAGUUGUGACUUAUGAUGCUAAGACUGGAACAAACGUACUUCAAUGGCCAGUUAAGGAAUUGGACUCCUUGAGAACAGACAGCACAAAAUAUGGUAAUCUUGUAUUACAACCAGGAUCAACCAUUAACCUUAACAUAACCUCUGGUGCUCAGUUGGAUGUAAGUGCUGAAUUUGUGGUGGAUCAAGAAGCACUGAAAUCAACCGUUGGAGAUGAUGUGAUCAACAAUUGCAGUUCUGCAGCUGUUAGGCAGGCUUUGGGCCCGUUUGGGCUUCUGGUUUUGGCUGAUGAAUCCCUCUCUGAGUUCACUCCUGUUUACUUUUACAUUGCUAAGGCAUCUGAUGGAUCUGUUAAGAACUGGUUCUGCACUGAUCAAUCAAGGUCAUCAAAGGCUUCCACUGUUGAUAAAAAAAUAUACGGCGGGCCAGUACCAGUUCUAGAGGGUGAAAAGUACAGAAUGCGGUUACUUGUCGAUCAUUCGAUAGUCGAAGCCUUUGGGCAAGGAGGGAGAACAUGUGUAACAUCUAGAAUAUACCCAACAAAGGCAAUCAAUAGAGAGGCUAAGGUGUUUCUCUUCAACAAUGCUACGGACUCGAGCGUGACGGCCUCCGUCAAGAUAUGGAAACUAGACUCGGCUCAUUUGGGUCCUUAUAGGUUUUGAUUAAGGAAAACUUGUGUUAAUAUGAUCCAUUUUUUGUACCAAUUUAUAUCACAAAGGGGAAACACACACACAAAAAAGUUUUUGUUGUUGUUGUGGAGGAAGUGUUGUAUUGAUCACAAGUUACUUGAUUCUAUAUGGUUCUUUGGAGGGAAAAGGCCCAAAAGGUAUAUAUUGUUGGGUAGUUAUUGGCAUUUACAAAUGUAUUGGGCUUAUGUUACAUGAUUAUAUAUUCAAAUGAGGGUCACUUUGUGGCAUUCACAAUCGGUCCGAAGCCCAAGAAGGAGGAGAAUUGCGGUAGGUUUGGUGGCCAGCGUAAAACAUAGUCACAUUUUAUGGACAUGAAUCGAAAUUUAGAUAUCGUGGGGGUAUGUCUUAUGUAUUUGCACCUCUCUUUAAACCGCCCUAUCUUGUUUAUUGGUCCCUAUUUUUCGUGUCUUAUUACCCUCACCUUUAA